AUGGCUUCUUCAUCAUCUCGGCUCGAGGCUUUGCCUAUCGAACUCCUACACAAGAUUAUCUCAGAUCUUAAAGCACCAUCACCGAAAAUAAAUGUAUCACGACAUUUGAGAGAUAUGCUACCAAAUACACCAACUGGCGACAACACCCUUCUCACCUCACAAAGAAGUCUUCGCUCAUGUCUAGCCACAUCUCGAGCACUGAGAUCGGCAACACUUCCCGUCUUAUAUCGAAAAGUCCAACUAUCAAAAGCUUCAUCGGUAACAGACUUCAAUGCACAACUGGAACGCAACCCACAUCUCGGAAAGCUGGUUCUGGAACUCGAUCUCAGCGGUCUCGCAGCUCAUUCGGCGACAUGGCAAGAGGACUCGGCAACUCUCAUCAUCAGAUGGCUAGCUCUCAUGCCACGGCUACAGUCGAUUAAGACGCCGACAGCAUGGACGAGUGAGAAUUAUUCAAAUCCACAAUGCAACCUCGAUCUUCAUAUCCUAAAACGCCUUCUUCGGAACCAGCUUCCGAAUUUGAGGUCUUUAGAAUGGGGUCCAACGGUCGUCCCGGAAUUCGAACACUUCUUGACACACUACUCAGAAGGCGUAAAAACUGGAGUCACGAAUCUAGUAGCACGCUCAACAGACGUCGAAAUGACUAGCAUCGUCACUGGUCUUCUCAAAAUCAUGCCACGAAUUCAACAUAUCGACUUAACGACCUCCAACGUCUUCAUCGUCGAAGCACUCGCUGGACUGCAAGAAAACGCUAAACUACUAUCAUUACGAACAUCGAUCAAACCAUCCUUCGCUUGUGUCGAUCUAGUGGAAUUCAUGUCCUCCAACCCAGAAAUGUUCGAGUCAUUACUCAUGCUCGACCUAGAAGGCGACGACAACGAAAUCCUGCGCCUGGAGUCAACCGAGGAUAUCACCAAGCUCAUCACUCAAUUGCCCGCUAGCCUCCGCUCAUUAAAUCUUGAGGGCUUCGCGACGUGUCCUGCACAUUUACAACUCCUGCAAAAACACUGUCCGCAGCUCGAGGAACUAAGCUUCGAAAACGGCAUCCAACUCGAAGACCUAGAACACAUGAUCCUCCCACCCCACACCAUCACCGGCGAGACCCAGCACUCCCCUGCAACCUCAGAUGAUAUUAUCGACGUCAAACACCAAACCGUCCUCGAGCCCAUGGCGAAAGCCGUCGCGGUAUGUAAACUACGCCGGCGAAUUAACUCCGUGACUCUCGAUACAGAGAGGAGGAAAGCGCCGUCGUGUAUCAAGCAUUUGAGGAUCCGCAUGAUGCCGUCGGGGGAACAGAGGAAAUUGAGGACCUCGGUGCUGUUGGGGGGGUUUGCGGGGGGGUUGGAGAGUAUUCAGAUUGCGGGGAAGCAGGGGGGGGAUGGGAUGGUAGAUGUGUUGUGUAAGGCUGUUGGGUGGAGGUGUGUUAGGAGGGGGAGGGAGUGUUGGGUUGAGCGGGUUUGA